AUGGCUAAAUACUCGCUGACCGAGCUGAGAAACUUGCAAGAAGACGAUGAGCUGGAUCUGUCCGCGUGCGGAAUCAACGAAUUCCCGAGUGCGACCACUCAAUUGUCUCGUUUGACAAAACUGGAUUUAAGCUCAAACGCGAUAACAUUUCUGCCGGAGAGCUUCUGCAAAAUGACCAGAAUCAUCAAGUGAGGGAACUUGACAGAUUGAGAAUUUGAAUAUCUUUGUUCAGGUUGGAUUUCGGAAACAAUCAACUGCACCAUCUUCCGGAUGGCAUCGGGUUCCUCGUCAACUUGCAGCACUUUAAUCUCUACAACAACAAACUCGAGGAUCUUCCCCUCUCUUUCGCUAACCUCAAAUCCCUGAAAUGGCUGGAUUUGAAGAAGAACCCACUGAACCAGAAAUUAGCAGCCAUAGCUGGAAACUGUUCGACGGAGGCCGAGUGCAAAACUGCCGCCAAGCAGGUCGUCGACGUUUAUAUGGGAGAGCGAAAGAAGACGAUCGACGCGCAGAAGGCGCAAGAAGCGAAGCUGCGAGCAAAGGUCCUGAAGGCACAGGAAGAGGAGAAGAUCCGAAAGUAUCAAGAGAAGAAGCAGAAGGAAACGGUCAAGAAAGAGGGUAGGAACAGAAACAGAACACGAAGAGCCAUUCUCAGUUACUCUGGUUAUAGUCAAUGGAUUACUAAAGACGCUCUCCGUAUAAUCUCACAGAUAAAUUGCGCAGAACCGGAAUAUUAAUGAGAAAGCGAAGAAACGGGGGCAGGUGGUUCCCUACCCCGCCUGCCUAUUCCUAUUUUGCACGGAGCAUCUGUCCUCGCGGUCCCUCCGUCAUUGUCCAUUCCUUUUGUGUUCAAAUCUGAUGUCUUCGGUCAUCUCCUCCUGCCUCCCUUCCUCGUCGGAGCUCCAUCGAGAGAGAGAGAUAGUGUGCAUUCAGAGGAGAAGCGAAGGGAACAGAGUCCGGCAGCCACUCUGUCCCCCGCUUCUGGCACUCGUCGUCGUCUCCUUCGACUCUUUUUCCUCACUUCCCUGUGCAUAGUAGUCGUUGCAUAGCGUUCUCGCCCAGUCUUCAUCAUGAUUCCCCCUCUCUUUCUCUGGGCUUCCCGGAUGACAGACGUGUUGCGAAGAGCCGGAAUUAUUGUUUGCUCUGAUGUUUUUCCGCGUUCUGACUCAGCGUUUUUACGCAUUCGUACAGUCAGAAGCUUCUAUUAUGAAACGAACAAUAAAGAAAGAAGAAGCAACUGAAGUAAAUAUUCAACGUUUUUAACUUCGCUUUGAAACAAGUAGUUUUCUAUGCUCAAACUCCCACGACGCACAUAUUUCUAGACGCCAUCUCGUAGUUUUCUCUCGUUCCUCAAGAAUCUUACAAUUUCCCAGAUCUUUGCUUGCCCAUCUAAUAAUUAUUAUUACAUGGAAUCCUCCCCUUUCUCCGUCUCUUUUUUUCCAACGGCUAAGGUCGAGCGCACUGGUUGCAGUCCGAUUGCACAACUGGCUGAUCGACGUACGAAUAAUUGAAAAGCAGGACAGAGAGAGAGCACCCAGUCCGAAGCGACGCAGACACGAAAAAAAGCGCCUGUCGGCCACACUCGAUGACCCCACAGGAGUAGCCGGCCGCCCACAUUUUUGCUGUCUCUGUUUGGUUUUCGAUACGUAACGUCGAGAGGAGCGAACGCGGCGGUGUUUUGUCCGAUUUGCAGUUCGGAACAGACGGGCGGGCAGUUCUUCUCGCUGAGUAACCGUUUUUGGCUAAUCUUGAUCGCCGAUUUACAAGGAAGUAGGAGUGUCCGCACUAUCCGAUCGCUCUCCGCCUACCUUUUCUUAUUAUCUGUUUUCUCUCUCUCUCUCUCUGCUAUUACUCUCUCUUUUUCUGCACUCUUUUAGAAUCGUUUUAAAUUAGAAUUUUUCGAAAGAAAAAGAUACAAAUUCAGCGCAUUUUCUAUCAAAAUUUUGCAAUUUUAUACCGACGUUCUCAUUUGGCCCAUUUUCUUUUGAUCUACGAGUUAUCACAGUAAUACGUGCGCAAAAGUAGGAGUAAAGAAGAGAUGACACACAUUUCCUUCCACUCGUCGCCAAUUUUUGAUUGACAGCAAUAGAUUGGAUACAAUUUUGGUUUUUAUUUUAUUCGGUCACCAUCAAAAAUCUGUUUCUUUUCUUCCGAAAAUCGAAAAAUUUGUUCGUGACCUUUGUUGCCCUCUUACUCCUGAUUCUCGCCACGUCUCACCUCGCUCUUCUCGGAUUCUUCGUCAUUGAGCUCACUCAUCCCAUUCUAGAUUCGUCGAGAUCAUCGCUGAAUCGCUUCGAAACGAAUAAACGAAAAGGAUGACCAGUGAGUAACUGAAACGGCUCUUCAGACUAUUCACACGAGAUCUGUCCUCUUCACCCAAUCGUAUCGUUUUCAGAGAAGGAAUCGAAACAACGCGAAACCGCCGCCAAGGGGCCUGCUCACCAGCAGCACACGCAGCCGAAGGCCCAGAAGAACGACAAGCAUUCGUCGCCGAAGAAGGCACAGGAUGACGGAAAUAACACGCCGAAGCCACGUGGACUUAUCAGGAAACGUACGUUCACUCAUCGAUCAUUAAAUUGUUUAUAAUUCGAGCAUAACAAUGGGAAACCUGAAUCUCGUGAAUUUGCAUUCUCACUCCGCCUCCUGUUCUUAUCAACGCUUUAGUUAUGAUGACGGAGCAUAAGAAACGGUGUUUACUACCCUCUUUCUUCCCCUUAGUCUGUCCAUAAUUCCUACUUUACCCAAAAUGUUCAGAAAAGGUCCCUUUUUUUAUUCGUAAUCACAUAAGACCUCAUCUUUUCAGUGUUCGGCUUUGCCUUCUCGUGCGUCUACUACAUCUCAAUCGCUCUGCUCGUCUCCUCCACUCUCGCAAUCGCCUUGGACUGUAAUGGAGUCGGCUCGAAGAUCCCGGGAACUGCUCCGCUUUGCAAGGAUUUCUCGCUGCUCACUAGCUUGAAGAAGCCGUCCGCCCAGUUUGGAACCAAUGUGAAGAACGCCUAUUCCGAGGUGUUCCGUGGAUAUCAGUACGUUUGCAGCUGAAGGCAGCCAGAAAACAAUAAUGUUCUUUUCAGUAAUCAAGUGAAACCGCAUGCGACUCAACUCCAGAAAAAGGUCAACACUCAAUGGAAGCAGUUCGCCAAGACCGACUUCGGAAGACAGGUCGAAAAGAUCGCCUACCAGGUGCACUCGUGGAUUGUCGAGAAGUUUGUCAAGCUUCAGAGAUUCGUCAAGCAGCAGGUGAGCUAAAUCAUACACUCUUCAGGCUAACUUUCCGGAUUUGAUUCAAUUCCAGAGCGACGCCAUCGCUGCCUGGUGGAAGAAGGACGGACAGAAACAGUACGGACAGUUACUCGAGGGAUUUUUGAUCGGACUGAAGAUGGUCUACAACAUCGUCCUCGACAUUGCUCAGAACAUCUUCGGAAUGCUCUCCUACCUGGCUUCUCGCAUCAAGACUUUCGUUCACGCUUGGACCGAGGGAGGAUUCAACGCCGCUUUAAACACCCUCAACAGCUAA